AUGGCAACUACACUUGCUGCUUAUGCGCUCUCUUCCAUCUUGACUGGCUUGUCGUUCUUCCUUCUUGGCUGGCUACGCUUAGGUGUUCUUAUCGGAUUCUUUCCACGGCAUAUAUUAGUCGGCUGUAUCGGUGGCGUUGGAGUGUUCCUCAUCAUAACAGGACUCGCAAUCAGUACACGCAUCUCUGACGAUGAACUCACACUCACACUUUCCACACUCCGCUUCUUUCUCCUCAACACGCAUUCUCUCACUCUUUGGGUCCCACCCUUCUCACUCGCAGUUCUCCUACGCCUCAUCACGAUGAAAUGGAGACAUCAGCUCGUUUUUCCACUCUACUUUAUAGCCAUCCCGACAGGUUUCUAUAUCAUCGUAGCCGCUGCUCAAUUGGAUCUCGGCGUCCUCAGAAGGGAAGGGUGGAUUUUUGAAGUGGCCGAAGCUUCUCAAGAUGUAUCGUGGUACCAGUUUUACACAUAUUUCGAUCUCAAGGCUAUCCGAUUUGGGCCUCUGUGGUCGACGCUACCAACUCAGUUUGCGCUGCUGUUCUUCAACAUCUUGCAUCCACCUCUCAACGUACCCGCUCUAUCCGUCUCUCUCGGUGUGGACAUCGAUACGAACAAGGAACUUGUUGGUCACGGGUACUCCAACCUCCUUGCUGGGUUCCUAGGCACUGUCCCGAACUACCUUGUAUACGUCAACACACUGCUCUUUUAUCGUGUAGGAGGGACCACUCGCAUCGCGGGCUUUCUCCUUGUUUUAGCCAACAUUGCAUUGCUCCUUGUAGGCACAGGACCUAUUGCAUAUAUCCCUGUUAUGGUCGUUGGUUCACUCAUAUUUGUGCUUGGUAUUGACCUUGUGAAGGAGGCGUUGUGGGACACCAGACAUCGUGUGAGCAGAUCCGAGUAUAUCACGAUUAUCAGCAUUAUGAUAUGCAUGACGGCGUGGGAUUUCGUGAUUGGUGUGUUGUUUGGAAUCGUUAUUAGUUGCUUCUUUUUUGUAGUCCAAAAUUCCCAGCGAAAGAGCAUCCGUGCCUGUUACACGGGGGACACAGCAGUGUCUACCGUUCGCAGGCCAGCAGCGCAUCGAGCGUACAUACGUGAGGCGUCCAAGCAAACCAUGGUCCUUCGUUUACAAGGUUUUCUGUUUUUUGGAACUAUUGCUCACGUUGAAGAUACGAUACGAUCAUUUGUCGAUGACCCUGCGUGGAAGCUCAACCCCGUGCGUUUCGUUGUGGUCGAUCUCUCCCUUGUCGCUGGUGUGGAUAUGUCCUCUGCCGAAGCUUUCGUCCGAGUACAGCGCCUCCUAGCCGCAAAACAAGUUGUGCUCGUAUUUUGCGGUAUUCACAUUGAUUCACCAAUCAUGAAAGCACUCCAAAGCGUUGGUGUGCUAGGGGAAGAUUACGUCGAAGUUUUUGAACUCUUUAAUGAUGCUAUGGAAUGGACCGAAAAUGCAUAUCUACGUGUGUGGUUCAGGUCUCAGAAAAUGGAAACCACCCCUGUCGUCCUUCCCGGAAGGCAGGACGUUGGUAUCGGUAUGGAUCACUCUUUUGCUAGCUCACCUAGACACCUUCAGCUUCGCGACUUGGGUGAUCGUACCAUCGCACAAGCCGCAGACUUUUUAAGUCCAAAUACGACUUCAGAACCUCACAAUACGCUCAUAAAAGCCUUUUCAUCUUAUGAUGAAGUCAAUUUAGACAUCAUUCGCAAACUCGCACCCUAUUUCGAGCGUAUGUCCGUACCUGAAGGGCUUGUGCUAUGGGACCAAAAUGACCAGCCCGAUGGGCUAUAUAUUAUUGAGUCGGGCGUACUACGUGCAACGUAUAAGUUUGCCACGCACACUCCUGAUAUUGAGCAGUCUAUGGUUCCUGGGACCUUGGCUGGAGAGCUUUCUGCUUUAUCGGGGAUGCCGCGCAAUGCGAGGGUAGUGGUGGAGCGGCAAGGAGUGCUGUGGAAGCUUAGUACAGACUACAGGCAGAAAUUGGAAAGGAAUGACCCACAACUAGCACAGAUAUUUGUGCAGCUCGUGCUCAAGGCUGCAAAGAUAGACAACGACAUUCUGCUAGCAGCGCUAGCAACGAGGCAGUGAGAUACUACAUCACGAAAAUUUACGAAGACCUAGUGGUAAAUUAUGGCUUUUUUAAAUUUUGAUUACGAUACCAGUUACCAGAUCUAAACCUUUAUAUCAUAGAUAGCGUACAUAUGAGCGUACAGUCUGAAUGCUACAUCGAUAAACAUGUACAUAACAGUAGGAAAAAACAGUAUUUUCAGGGGUAGAGACGCGCAUCUCGAUUUUGUAUCUCUCGUAGAACUUGUUGGAAGCGAAGCGACCACCAUCCACGCUGCUCCCUCUCCUGCUGUGUGAAGUCGCCAGCAUGGCCUUGCAUGGCCUCAUGAAUCUGAGCGGAUGGACUUUUUGGAAGUGGAAGUCCUGAAGCAAGGAUCGAAAGAACUGGUUGACGGUCGUACGGUUCUGAGUAUGGAUCAGGGCCGUGAGCCAAGUAAGUCCUUCCAUGUGAUGGAAGCGAUAACGACUUGAGAGUGGACUGACAAGACUGCUGGAGAGGAGAUAGCCAAUUCCUUAACGUACGACGCAGCGAAGAAGAUCCCUGGACGUCGUUCCGAGUGUCAUCGGAAGGCCAGCCGCCCUCAGGAGAUAAAGAGACAGUCAUCAUG